AUGGGCGGCUCUGCCCACGCCAGGCCUGGAUCCAUCACAGGCUCCGUGCGCUUGUGUAACGCCCGCAGCGCUCGGCUCCCGGGACGAGUCUCUUCGUCUCCGCAUCCCCCGAGCAGCAGCAAUGCCGGGGGAGCUGCUGGCGCUGCGGCAGGACACGGUUUCCUAGAUCAUGUUGCCUUGGGAAAUGAGGAGUGGAACCCGUGGGAAGCGGAUGAGAAAAAUGAACACGCUGCUUCUCAGCAGAGAUACGAAGCUUAUCUUAAGAUGAUGAAACGUGCGAGGUCUCAUCUAGAGCAAACUAGCCUGAGAGUGCAGAUUUGGGGUAAAGCAGCAAUUGGUCUUUAUCUUUGGCAACAUAUCUUUGAAGGGCACCUUCAGCCAGUUGAUGUGACUGCUCAGUGGAGAGGAGGAAGCCAAAAAGCAGGAAAAACGUAUUUCAGCUUCAUCACUGGUCCAUCUGUAGUUCCUGGAUACUUCUCCGUUGAAGCUGAACAUGUUGUGCUGGUUCUGAAUGGAAGAGAAAAAGCAAAGAUCACUUACGCCGCUCAGUGGUUGCAUUACGCACAGACCUUAAUUCAGACUCACAAAAUACAGCAUGUAGCUGUCGUGCUGCUUGGAAAUGAGCAGUGCAACAAUGAAUGGAUUCAGCCAUACCUGAAAAGACAUGGAGGAUUUGUAAAUCUACUCUUUGUUACAUAUGACUAUGCGUUGGUGAAUGAAGAAGAUAUUUUCCAGUGGCCUUUAGGAGUAGCUACCUACAGAAAUUUUCCAGUUGUAGAACCCAGCUGGUCAAUGCUAUAUGAUCCAAGAUCAUAUCUGUGUAAUUUCUUAGGUACGGUUUAUAAGAACUCUUCUAGGGAAACGCUAAUGGAAAUUCUGAAGCAGGAUGGGCUUGAUAAACUUUGCUGGAUUGCAGCCAGAGAACAGUGGCAACCUCAAGAAACAAAUGAAAGUUUCAGGAACUACCAAGACGCCUUGCUGCAGAGUGAUUUGACCUUGUGCCCAGUGGGAAUAAAUACAGAAUGCUAUAGAAUUUAUGAAGCUUGUUCAUAUGGAUCUCUGCCGGUUAUAGAAGAUGUAAUGACACUGGGUGAUUGUGGAAAUUCAUCCAUGUACCACAGUGCUCCAUUACAAUUAUUAAAAACCAUGGGGGCUCCAUUUAUCUUUAUUAAAAACUGGAAAGAGCUCCCUGCAGUUCUGGAGAGAGAAAAAAAAAUGAGCUUACAGGAAAAGAUUCAAAGGAGAAAAAAGCUUCUAGAAUGGUAUCGAAACUUCAAAGCAUGGAUGAGACAGAAAUUCAUUAAUACUUUGGAAAAUUCAUUUUUGUCCAGUGAUAAAGGAUAAAUCAUCCCUUUUUAAAAUCUAGAAUAGAUUGAAAGCUAAAUUUCCAUUAACCUUCUGAGGAAGCUUUUAUACAAAAGAGAUCUCACAGGGCAGAUACAUUCCUUUUGAAGUCAAGAGAACUGCGCUAGCUUGGCCAAGAGCUAUGUUCAGCCCUCCAUCCAUAAUGAUUUUCAGACACGUUAUUGACUUAACAGGAUGGUAAUCUGUAAGGAUUACAACUAUUUUAUUACUGUUUUUAAAAUUUCUAUGUUGGUGUGUGACCUGGCAGCAUUUUUUUAGCAGAAUCUCUUUCAGCACGUGAACUUGUUGAAGUCCAACAUGAGUGUAGCAGUUGUGCUUGAAGAAAAGAGAAGAAUGGAAGCUGAAUGGUACAGAGUAAUUUAUUAUGUAAAUUAAAGUGUGAUCAUAGCACAAUUGCCAGGCUUAGUACAAUCAUUAAGAUAUAUUCUGGUAAGUGCUUGUUUUGAAAAUGUAAACUGUUUACUUGAUUGACAUUUCAUCUCCAAGAAUGUGGCCAUAAAGCUAAUAAAACACUGUGAAAUAAAAAUGCAUAUUUCAAGG